AUGAGCAGUGAGGGAAAGGAGACAGAGUCGCGGCAAGCUGGCGAGCCUGCGGCGGCGGUGAAGCCGCCAUCUACGAAUUCCUCGUCAUCUGAAGACAGUGACAGCGAUACGUACACUAUCACCCAGACUCUCUUCGAUGCCCUUGCAGGGAGGGGAUUCAGCGAAAACGCCAUCAAGAAGUCCAUCGUUGCCGGCUGCAUCGACGAGGCUACGUGCACGCAAUGGAUUCAGAUGCACGAAGGACACCCAGAGCUCGACACCGCGCUCGAGGACGGUGUCGAGGUGAUCAUCAAAGCCAAACGCGUCUUGACGGAGGCAGAGCGCGUGGCCAAGGUGAGGGAGUUGCAGGAACGUGUGAGGCGCAAGAAAGAGGAGGAGAAGCUCGAGCUGCAGGGUAAGGAGCGGGAACGUCUGGAGAUGGGCCGCAAAGUGCUGCGAAUGAAAAGCGAGAUGGAGGAAGUACGGCGAAAGAUGAACGUGGAGGAGGCGCGACGCGAGAAUGCAGCCGACUUGGAGGCAAGGCGGCGCAUCAAAAUUCGAAUCGCUGCUGACCGACUAGAGCGUAGAGGGCACACCAGGGAUGAAGCGCUCGCGCUGGCAGAGAAAGAGUACGAGGAGGCGGCGACGAAGGCUCGCGCGGAAGCGGCGGCGAAGUUGGAAAUUCUGCAGGGGGCGCAGGCUCCAGCACAGACGGCGACAUCGCCGAGUGAUGGUGCGUGGAACCUGUCCGCCAUCACUGCACCUUCGUCUGCUCAGAACACACUGGUCGGCUUGUUUGCUGGAGAGGCCCCCAUGUGUGCGCAGUCGCUCGUCGACAAUAUACGGAAGCGUGCACCUGCCGAGCAGACGGCCGAGUGUGUGCGCACUCUCCGGCUGAUCCUCGGGAACAUUGUGAGCGACCCGUUUGACACGAAGAAGCGCACAUUGCGCAUCUCAACAAAGGCAUUCCGUGACGUCAUUCUCCCUGUAGACGAAGCGGUGCGACUGUUGCGUUGGUGCGGGUUCGACCUAUCGACUGAUGCGGCCAACAAUCAGACCCUUUGCCUCUCUACCGUUGUCGUGCGUCGCCUGCGCCAGGCGCUCGCGCUCCUGGACAGCGAGUGA